UAAACAGCAGCCUGAUGUUAUGAAAACUCCUCAAUGAAAUGUUGAGUAACUGCCUGCUUCUUCGGCGUUACACAAGACCAUGUGGAGAGGUUAAUAUCAGCUACUCCAAUAGUUGGCCAAAUAAAAACUCCAGGAAGUAGUCUGGACUGGGAGAAGACACCAGGCAGGCGGCAUGGCCAAGCGGAGGAAGUGUGCAGAGACCGAGGCCGAUACAAAGAAGCCGAAGCAGGUGCUGAACGCAGAAGGCAGGGGAGCAAAGACGAGGAGCAGGAAGAAAGCUCCAGAAAACGAUCCCGCAGAAAAAGAGGAGCGGCUCGAGAGGAAGGUCAACCCCAAACCACGUUUGUCUUCAAAACGUGCAGCACAGAAUAAAUCCUCUUCAACCACCAUCAUCAGUGCUGACAGUAAAACAAGUAAGUACUUCCAGUCUCUGCCCAAGGAGGAGGUCAACAGUGAAGACGACUUUGAGAUGCCGACCGCUGCACCAGCCGCAGUUAAGAAGAGCACCAAAAAACCAGAGGAGGAAGAAGAAAAAGAGGAGGAGGAAGAGGAUGAUAGCGAGGAUGAGGAUGACUGGGAGGAAGUGGAAGAGCUGGCCGAGCCGCUGGGUCCGGCUGAAACACCAGAACCCGUCCUGUCGCCUCAGCCUGUAGAGAUCGAGAUUGAGACCGCAGAAGUCAGAAAGCAGAAGAAGAGGCAGGCGGAGUUUGAGACGUACCUCAGGCGAAUGAUGAAGCGGUACAAGAAGGACCUGCUGAUAGACACACACAAGGUCCACCUGCUGUGCCUUCUAGCUAACGGGAUGUUCCGCAACAGGCUGUGCAGCGAACCGGACCUGCUGGCGGUCGCUCUGUCUCUGCUGCCCCCGCACUUCUGCACGGUGGCCAGGGAACACAUUGACCAGAACUACCUCUCUGGACUCCUCAAGUGGUUUAGAGCGACCUUCACCCUCGACCCCAGUCUUCCCACUGAGGAGCGUCCGGACCCACAGGCUCUCCUGCAGAGACGACUGGGAAGCCUCUCAGCCAGGGACCACCAGGAGAUGACUCAUCUUUUUCUGUUGUUCCUGAGGUCUCUGCAGCUCUUCUGCCGACUGGUUCUCUCUCUGCACCCAGUUCUUUUCAAGCCUCCGUCCUCAAAGUCCAAAGGGGCUAAAACAUCAACUGGCGCUGCAGAACGUUGCCAGACAAGCCAGGAAAGCUCCAAGAGCAACUCUCCUGAGACAAAAGUUUCUCCAGGCACCAAGAGACGAGCUCAAGGUGAGAAAGUCAAAGGGAGCAGCAGAGGCAAGAAAGCAAAGAGGAAAGAAAUGAAGGAGGAAGAAGAGGAGAAGCCCGUGUUAUCUGGAGGCCAGAGACCAAAAAACUCCAAACGCCGCAGCGUCGCCUCAAAGGUCAACUACAAAGAAGAGAGCAACAGUGAGGCAGACGAGGAAGAAAAAGAGGAAGCUAGUGAUGCCGAGGAAUAUCAGGAAUCCAGCGAGGACGAUUUUGAAACCAGCACCAAACCUGCAAGAAAGAGGACGGGGCUCGGAAAGAGCUCUGAGAAGACCUCAAGUACCCAAGGCGCCCUAAAGAGAAGAAGAACCGGUGGGAAACAGCAGGAGAAAAACGAGGACGGUGAGUGGGAGGAGGGUAAAGAAGAAGAGGAUGAUGAAGACGAAGGCACGACGAGCAACAGAGCGAAGGGACGGAGCAGGCAGAGGAAAGACGGACCCGGAGCGGACGAGUGGAUAGAGGUCUACCUAGACAAAUCGUCUUCGUGGGUGUGCGUGGACGUGGAGCAUGGAGUCGGAGUUCCCCACCUCUGCUCACAGAACGCCACCGCGCCGCUGACCUACGUGGUGGCGGUGGACGGAGACGGCUUCCUGAAGGACCUGGGAAGGAAGUACGACCCUACCUGGAUGACGGCGUCCCGGAAGAGGCGGGUGGACGACGAGUGGUGGGAGGAUACCCUGGAGCCAUUCAUGGGCCCAGAGGAUGAGAGGGACAAAAGGGAGGAGAAAGAGCUCCAGAGCAAGCUGCUGAACAAACCUAUGCCAACCUCCAUAGCGGAGUAUAAAAGCCAUCCUCUGUACGCCUUAAAGAGACACCUGCUGAAGUACGAAGCCCUCUAUCCUCCAACAGCCGCUGUGCUCGGAUACUGCAGAGGAGAACCAGUGUACUCCAGGGAUUGUGUGCGCACCCUCCACUCCAGAGAAACCUGGCUGAAGGAAGCUAGAACUGUUCGACUUGGAGAGGAGCCGUACAAGAUGGUGAAAGGCUUCUCCAACCGCUCCAGAAAGGCCAGGAUGAUGUCCGAGAUGAAGGACGAGAAUGAUCUUCCUCUGUUUGGAGAAUGGCAGACUGAAGAAUACCAGCCACCCAUAGCUGUGGAUGGGAAGGUCCCCCGUAAUGAUUACGGUAACGUCUACCUGUUUAAAGCCUGUAUGAUCCCGGUGGGCUGCGUUCACCUGAGGCUGCCCAACCUGCACCGCGUGGCUAGGAAGCUGGACCUGGAUGCUGCGCCUGCAGUCACAGGAUUCGACUACCACGGAGGAUACUCCCACGCUGUGACUGAUGGUUACAUCGUGUGUGAAGAGAACGAGGAGGUCCUCCGAGCUGCCUGGGUGGAAGAGCAGGAGAUUCAGAAGCAGAAAGAAAAAGAGAAAAAAGAGAAGAGAGCGAUCGCCAGCUGGACUCUGCUGGUGAAGGGACUCCUGAUCAGAGAGAGGCUGAAGCAGCGUUACAGCCAGAAGAGCCCGGGCCUGGGGAGCCUCACUCCUGGAGAGGAAGCUGGAGGUUUCUCCUCCGAUGAGGACGGGGUCGAAGUUGAUCUUCCCGGAGCCAAAACGGCAUCUGAGACUCUGGCGCUGUCCUGGCCCCAAAACAGACAAGCAGAGGAGGACGCAGAUCCAGGCAAACAGAAGAAGAAGAAGACGACAAAGCGAGAGAAGAAGGGUCAAGAGAAACAUUUAUUUCCUUUUGAGAAAGUUUAAAGCUAGAAACCAAACAUCAACGGUUUUCCUUUUUGGCUAAAAAAAAAAAAGUGAUUCAAAAUGUGAAUCGACAAAGCACUAAACUGAACACUUCUAGCAUUUUCUUGCUUUGGUAGCAGGAUGUAAUGCUUCUCAGGAGCUGAUGCCAAAUUUUAGCAAGACUAAACAAAAAGAGGAGGUGAGGAAAGGAGAGAAAUGUUUCUUCUUCCAGCUGUGAUGCUUUUUGUAUUUGCGUGUUCACUAUACAAUAGUCUUACGUUUGGAGCCAGCAGGAAUGCUUUUGUUAACGACCUUUCUGUAGAGAAAACAAACACAGUAUGAAUGUUAAAAAAAGUGUCCUUCAGGUUAAGGUGUGCAAAUCAUCACACUGCUGCUGGUUAGAGGUGGCUGCUGUCUAGUAGGUUUAGCAUUUACUGUCUCCAUUGGUGAAGAUGUGUGCAAUUAUAUUUUAUUGCAUUAUAUUUUAUUGCAGCAGUAUAAUCUCACACUAAAAUAUUUUCAGCACUUAUAGAGAUCUUUUACCUCCCACAUCGUUUUUCUUCGCUGUGCACAACAUCAAGAUAAACCUGUGUCCUCCACCAAGUUGUUGUUUUAAACUUUUUAAUCACAUCUCUGUAGAUAUUGAAAAGUUCCAAUAAGAAAUUAUUUUCGUGCAGCUGUUUUCUGACUUGUUGAUCAACAGAUAUCUACCUUACUUGAAAGAGAAGAAAAGAAACGGAGAAAAUGGAUGGAUGGACGACUAUGACUAUGGACGGCCCUCUGUGUCGCAUCAUAUUUAUACUCCAGGGAAGCAGGUUGUCAUGGAUUGCUUAUGCUUUUGAAUAAUAUUAUUUCAAAUGAAUUGUUAGAGAUGUUAAUAAAUGUUGGAUUGUAUGCCCACACUGAAUCAGCUAAAAGGUUGUAUUUCUUUAAUUUUUUAGUGUGAGAUUAUACUGCGGUGGCAAUAAAGGAAUUUAUUUCAUGACCUUUUAACACAAUUUUCCCCAAUAACUGUAGAAUUUGCAGCCUAUGAUAAUGUGUUGAAGGUAAUUACAGUGGUUGGUUGAAUUGGCUGAUCCACCAGUUGUUUUUUUUAUGCUCUAUAAAAAAGAAUCUGCAACAAAAACAUGACAAUAGAAAUUCAGGAAGGACCAAAAGUCCUGCUGUGUUUAUUUAACCUCCGAUUGUACAGAUUUGUCCAUUUUAACGCAAUCACAGUGACGUUUAGCAUUGAUGUGAAUCGGUUUUGGUUUGUGAGGUGGAAAGCACUUGAUGAUCAAAGAGCAGGCUGAGUCCUAAAGUUCAGGGUGUCCUUCCUCUUUGAAUAUGUUCUCUUGCUUAUGUGCUCCAUUCUUUCACAGUAUUUUUUAUUUUCAUACAGAUUCCAGUGUACAACUUUCCACAUUUGUCUUUGUAUCUUUUGUCACUCUUUCUCAACUUUAAUUUCUGCAAUAUUCUUGUACACGAGGCGACGGUAGCAGUAAUAAAACUAGUAAUGUGUUUUUCUAUGAAAAGUAUUUUUGUAAGAAAUGUUAUGAGUAAAAAAGCAAA